UUGGAUGCCUAAUUUGAUAGUCAUAUUCUUGAAACAUCUUUGCCUUUACCACAACUCUUGAACUGCUAGGCUCCAACAGUAAAGAAACAACGACCUUGUAAUGUUCAGAAAAGAUGUGAUUUGACAAAUUCCAAGUCCAAUCCUAGUCAUUAUAAUAUGAAUAAAGUUGUACAAUGAAUAUAACAAGGUAGAUUAGAGAUCAAGUCAGAACAUGGAAUCUUUGGAAACUGUGAUCCAAUUUGUUUUUAUCGAAGAAAAUGCCGAAAGAGGGAUAAUACUAUGUUGUGAAAUUAUGUUAAACACCUUCAGUAACUAUGUACAACUCCUGAGGAUAUGUCAAGCAACAAACAACAUUUCUUCUAGCUAAAUAGAUGGACAAUCUUCUCAAGUUGAUUGUAAGUGUUAUAUUUUCUGUUUAUUUUAUCAGAUUCUGUAAUGGAGGUGAGUUAAUAGAGUCCAAGUCCUUUCUCAAUUUUAUUCUUGCUAUUGAUCCAAACAAUGUACUACGAAUUGAUCGGAAUGCUUUAGUGCCUUGCCCUUGCUACUACAAAUUACAUGGUGUUAAGUGCAAUAUACGUACCCGUGAAGUCAUAGAAAUAAGGCUUGAGGACAAGAAUCUCAGUGGGAUAAUCGAUGCAGAAUCACUCUGCAAACUCUCAAAAUUAAGAGUUCUUAGCUUAGCCGGGAACAAGAUUCAAGGGACAGUUCCUGAAUCGAUAUCAACGUGUAAAAGUUUAAUUGUUCUUGAUCUCAGCAACAACUUUCUUAGGGGUAAUUCAUCAGUACUACUGCAGUCUUUGACAAUGCUCAAGAACCUUAAAAAACUGAACAUUUCUAAGAACAGUUUCACUUUCUCACAAGUGUUGAGAGGUGUAACGAUUAAAGAAUCUACAUAUGUGUUAAAUGGUAUCGCUCCAUCUUCAACUGCAGAAAGUGACAAUACAAAGACAAAGAAUUAUCAUAUGAGUUUGAUAUUUUGGGUCCUCAUAUUUCUUGGGAUUGCGCUUGCCUUAGUGGUUUUAUCAUUCUUGUGCAUAAGAUGUGUCAGAAGAAAAGCGAAGGACAAGGAGGUUAUAAAAGAAGUAGUUAAUUACCCGUCUCCUCGAAAAACUCCCUCAGCUGAGGUUGUAGAUGGAGAAUGUAACACUGAAGAAAAAAGCUCAGAACUUUUCUUUUUCAUGGAAUCCGUUGAAAAGUUUACGAUGGACGAUCUUCUUGAAGCAACCGCAAACUUAAGAAAACAAGGCCUUUGCAGUAGCCUUUAUAAGGUACAUAUCAGUGGCAGUGGUGUCUUCGCAGUCAAGAGACUGAAGAAACUACAAGUAGGGUUCAAGGAAUUUAGCGAAACAAUGAAAAAGAUAGGGAACUUGAAGCAUCAAAAUGUACUUCCACUUGUUGCUUAUUACACUAGCAAUGAAGAAAAAAUGCUCAUCUACAAAUACCAGAACAAUGGAAGUCUACUAACCCUUUUUGAAAAUUAUGUAGAGGGGAAAAGGAAUUUCCCAUGGAAACUAAGGCUGUCGAUUGCAGUUGGCAUAGCAAGGGGUUUCGCGUACAUAUACAGAAGUUCAAAGAAAGGCAAUGUCAUUUCUCAUGGCAACAUCAAACCAUCAAACAUUCUGUUAAACGAAAAUGAAGAGCCGUUAAUAAGUGAGUAUGGAUAUUGCAAGUUCAUUGACCCCAACAAAAGUUGCCUCUACAAAGACAAUGGUUACACAGCUCCUGAGAAGACCUUAACAGAAGGAGCUGAUGCCUAUAGCUUCGGAGUGAUUCUACUAGAACUGCUGACCGGUAAAGUUGUGGAGAAGACAGGAUUAGACCUUGUUAAAUGGGUGAAAUCCAUAGUGCGGGAAGAAUGGACUGGAGAGGUGUUUGAUAGUGAAGUUGCCAAGUUUGAAAUGUAUGCUUUCCCUCUACUAAAUGUAGCACUCAAGUGUGUGGAUCGUUUGCCAGAGGAGCGGCCUACUAUGGCAGAGAUAUUUGAGAUAAUCGAGGAAGUGGUGAAUGAUCAAGAAGACAUUUCUCCUUCUUCCAUGACUUCUUUUGAAUCCACCCCUGGUUCAAUGAUAAGCCUUUUAGUUUGAGCACUUUUCAUAGAUGAGAAUAUGAAAUGAGCUUAAAUGAAGAAGUGGGGAUUCAUACAGCCGACCCCAACUUGUUUGGGAUUGAGGCUUCGUUGUUGUUGUUUGUAUGUGACAUUAAUGGUUGUUGCACUAGGGUAUUCAUAAUAUGUUGAAUUCUUACUAGGCUCUUUCAAGUUAUUUUUCUGAAAUGUGGUGCUAGUUGUGUGAAAGAUUCAAAGCGAGUGGAUAAAAGAUGAAACACUAUUCAUGUAAGUUUCUUCUUUUAAAGAACAAUGUUCUUACUUGGACGUUAUCUUCAAUGAGCAAAGCUUCCUCUCAUUAUCCUCAGUAGUACUUUUAACAUUGACUUUAGUCUUGUAGCAUACUAAAUAC